UUAGUUUUUAAGUUCCGCUCGAAAGAGGAAGAUUGUGUAUAAUUUACACUGGAGAAUUUGCUAUUCGUAUUGUAUGUGACAGUAUAUUGUAUUUGAACAACGCUUAUAUUAACCCUUGAACAAAGUUUUUGUAAAACAUUUCUAUAUCAGUAGCCAUAAACACUACGUGUUCGGUGUGGGGUUUUUUUAAUUUGAGAACGACAAACGUAUGGAUACAAUAAGCAAAAUAUUCAUUAUGUUGGAUAGGGAGAAAAUAUGUUAAAAUUAAAACGUAAGAAGAAGAAAAUUUAUAUGACAGCUGGAGAUUGAAAACGCUUAAAUAGUUAAAUUCCAUUGGAAAAUGUUUCUAAGGAGGAAGAUAAAAGCUCUUGUGUUCAUAAUAGGUGUGGUGGCGAUUGUACUAGUCUUUGGUCGAGUGUUUGAUUAUGUUAUGCUGGAAUUUAUAUUCGUGUCCCACGCCAACGGCCACCAGUGCAAACAUUGUUUAGAGUCGGAACCUCCAUCAGAAAUACCACGUCAUUUACACCAGGUAUUCUUUUUCGAGACCAGCGAUACUGUACCGGAAAAUCUAGUCCGUGCCCGUGACACUUGUCUUGGUGCCAACCCCGGUUACCGGUACACUCUCUGGAACAAGACAAGCAUCAACGAGCUCAUAGACCAGUAUUAUCCGGAUGUCCGACGUCUGUAUGACAGUUAUGAUCACUGGGUAAAGAGGGCGGAUGUGGCACGGUACCUUGUCGUUCACCAUAUGGGAGGAUGGUACCUUGAUAUGGACAUCGAGUGCAAGAAAGGUUUUGACAUUCUCCGCGACAAGGCCAAAAUGAAGCACCACUCCAUCGUCGUUCGUCGCACUGAACCAGUUGGCUUCUCGAAUGAUUUUAUCGGUGCUUCCCCUCGCCAUUCCUUUAUGGCAGAGGUCAUAUCUUCCCUUCUUAAAGCGAACAUAUGGUUCGUGUUUCCCUACCCGUCCACAGUCCUAGUUACAGGCCCAACGUACUUCUGGGGCCGAUAUCUUCACUUUACGAGGCAUGACCAGUUUCUGAUACUCUCCAACUACACCGAAUACUUAGGUCUGAUACACGGAUCCUCCUGGCAUUCCUGGGAUGGAAUAAUCAUCUGGUACUUCUUCAAUAGGGCUGGCUUUCUGAUUCUCCUCAUCCUGUUAGCGUUGGGCGUUCUCGGGUUUUUCGUGUAUCGACGUAAAUUACGGUCGAUUAGGACACGACUUGAUUUCAACAAGAAUUGGCUGAGACUCGACACAGAAAAGCGUCACGUCUACUGAAUACAAAAUACAAGAACUGAUCAAUAAUAUCACAAUAUGUUUUAAUGGUUUAUUUACUUUUGUUGAAUUUUUAAUGGUGGUGUUUGAUUUUUAUUGAAAGGAUAGUUUAAUGUCAGGCAGUAAGGUGUUAAUGAAAGAAAAUGUACGAAUAAUGACAGAGAGAGGUAUUGAUACCCAUACCUAAUAUUUUUUUCAGCUAGAUCAAAUUGUUGUUAAACGUACUUCCUUCUGCAUUGUUGUACUGUCUCAGCUUUAUUUUUUAAGAAAUGAAGAUUUCUGGAUGUUUGAUAGUAUCAAAAACGCAUUCAUUCUAAACCUUUACCAGUUAAUAUCCUUCUUAAGAAUAAGGGAAGCAACUGCUGCAAUGAUUUUGUGGUAAGAUCUCAUAUAUUUGUUUUAUAUCUUUUAGCACAAGGAUCCGGGAACUCAUUCAAAGUAAUUGUCAUUCGGCCAUUUUUUCUUGACAAAAAAACAUUCGGAGCUCCUUGGCCAUUCUUUUUUUUAAAACAAUAUUCGGAGCUCCUCGGCCAUUUUUCUUGAAAAAACAAACAUUUGGAGCUCCUCGGCCAUUCUUUUUUUAAACAACAUUCGGAGCUCCUCGGCCAUUUUUCUUGAAAAAAAAACAUUUUGAGCUCCUCGACCAUUCUUUUUUUAAACAACAUUCAGAGCUCCUCGGCCAUUUUUCUUGAAAAAACAUUUGGAGCUCCUCGGCCAUUCUUUUUUAAACAACAUUCGGAGCUCCUCGGCCAUUUUUCUUGAAAAAAACAUUUGGAGCUCCUCGGCCAUUCUUUUUUUUAAACAACAUUCGGAGCUCCUCGGCCAUUUUUCUCGAAAAUAACCCGUCUCGUUUUCGAGAAAAAUGGUUGAGGAGUUCCGAAUGAGUUAUUGUUUUAUUUCGAGUGUCAAAGUUCUGAACGCGCAGCAUUGCGGCGUUAAUAUGAUUGGGAAAAUACAAUGUCUUUUCGCAUUGUACUAGUCUAUGAGUCUGCUUUAGUUCACAUUCCGAAGACUAUAUAAUCUAGAUUACAAUAAUAUUUUUAAGAUAUUUUAUAAAUGUUUUGUUAUUGUUAUUCAGGAUAGACGCAUUUUUUACUGCAGCUAUAUUUUUAAAAUGAAUUUUUCUUUUGACCUUACAACAUCAAAUGUUUUAGAGAAUAGAUACUCGGUUACAAGUAUGUGCCAUAGUUACAGUUCAGGAGCAAGUGCCAUAAAUCGAAUUUAUUGAUAUAUUUGUCUUCACUAAUUAUUUCACAUUAGUUUUCAUUGUUAAUUAAAAAAAAAGUGUUCACUCGUAUUUGAUCUAAGUGAUUUCGUGCAGGUGAAACUAAAUGUCAUGAUGAGUAUGAGCGUGCGAUUGGAUUAUUACUGCAAAUCGUACUGCUGAGGACAACAUCAAUUCUUGGAAAGAAACACUAUCAUCGGAUAUAUGAUACGAUAAUCUUACACAUAGUACUAAUAGAAAACCUUGUGUAUAUGCAUCUAUACAGCUGUAAAGAAAAGGGUCAGCUUUCUGCUGUUCAAUUAUCUGUGACUAUAAGGCAAACAAAGUAUUGAAGUCGGAAGCUAUUACAGAACCUUACAUGCUGUAUUUUUGAUAAAGAAAACACCAUGUAUUGCUGCAAAAUAGUGGUAAAGAUAUACCUAAAGUAAUUAUAAAUCGCUGAAAAAUCUUAGCAGAAUGGCCAACUAAGUGCGAUUGUGUGAAAGACUGUUUUACAUAUCGAUACAUCAUUAUAAAGAUAUUUUACCAGCCAGUUACGGGGCGCAUUGGUACAACUUUUUUAGUAUAUUAGGGGGUCAGUUUUUUUUAGAUGAUAUUUGUUAUGUCUCGCAUAGAUUUGUUUGAAGGUGCCAUUUUUGUAAGUGUAAAAUGUUAUAUUUUAAAGCUGUAAUCUCACAGAAUUACCGUUCUGGCAACUUUUUAUUAUUUUUGUCUUGGAAUGGGCCAGUUUUAGCGUAACUAUCUGAAAAACAGUAAGAAUUAAGAGACUGUUGACAAAAGAUCAGACCGCAGUUUUUCAUACUUGCGUUCGAAAAUAAAUAAUUAUGGCUAAAAAGCGUUUCUAACACUUAAAGUAAAAUGCAUAUAGUAUGAAAACCUGCGAUUUGAUUUUCACGCAGUUUCGCAAAAGUUUUUCGUUUCAAGCCAUAAACAUGUCAAAACGUUCGAUCUUUGAGAAUACAGGUAAAAAGACUACUAGUAUGUAUGGUUUUGAGGGCCAAGCAUCGCACUGUUCGUGUGGGCAUUGUCUGUGUACAAUCUAUGUUUAACAUUGGAGGCUGUGGUGCUAACGGUCUCUUACCUUUACUACAAUAGCCAUUCCUCAUGUCCGAUUAUAUUAAAUUUAUCCGUCCCAUUGGUCAUUUUUCAGCAAUCAUCACAUUCGGAGCUCCUCGGACAUUUUUUUAUCGAAAACAACAAUAAAAAUGGCCGAAGAGUUCCGAAUGCUAUCACCAUCGAUCAUGUUCCGCUAUCAUUAUAGAAUGGCCAAAAACCAAGGUACCAACCCCACGGUCCUUGUGUGCAAUAUGACGAUAAACUACGUAUUUUCUACUUGUUUUUUUUCUUCUUUUUUUCGGAGAAAUCAUAAACGAUGAAAAUAAAUACAAAUAACACCAUAUAAUCAUAAUGGUAAUACUACUUACUAUUUUACACCCAUGUUGUCUGUAUGAUGUCCAAUUUGUUUUGUGCUUUGUUAAAAAAUACUGGCAUUUGUAUUUAUGUUAAAAUUUUGCGUAAUUCUGAUAUGCACUGGCAUUCAUAUGAUAAAUUUUCCUGGAUUC